AUUUGUUCGAACCUCUAAACGUCUAGUAUUUUUGUACUUUAAACAGUUUAUUUUGUCUGCAGCGCGAAGUAACCGGAGUCACGCUAUUAGCUUGGGAAAAAAAGUUUAGGUUGAAGUAAACUUUUAAUGAACUUGGUUUGAUGCUUUCAGGCAAACUUCACCAAUUCCAGCCGUUUAGCAGAGCUAGUGGAGUUAGCCAGCAACUAACUAACGUGUUGAAUCAGCUGUUAAAAGCCUUGACGCGAGAGAGAAACUGCAGGUUUAUCCUGACAGGUCCUACUACAUCAGGCUCUUCAGGGAAGAGCAAUGUAUGAAAGUGUGCCAACAGUGUCUGCAGCAGAGCGGCAGCAGGUGCUUCAGGCCUUGGAGAGGCUGCAGUCUAAGCUGGUGCAGCGUGAGGAAUGGACUCAUAGUGAGCGUCUGGGAGCACUGAAGGAAGCUCUGCAGAGCCCACUGCUCGGCCAUAUAUUAACCCUGCAGCACUCUGUCAGACAGCUCCACGACCAGCUCAACAGCAUGCCUCCAGAUGCGUGCAGCGAGUUCAGUUUCUCCAGAAAAGGCCAGUUGAUCGUGAGUGCGAGUCGGCCAGGGAGCAGUGUGGGCUCUGUAGUGUCCAAUGGCACAAGUAUGUCCUCAGCGUCCUCCGAGCAGCUCCAGAGAUGGCUCCACGCUGCCGCUAAGGGAAGAAAAAUUGAGCAUGUGAGUCUUUUGAGGCCGUUGUCUGGAGGCCUGGGCUUCAGUGUGGUGGGCCUGAGGCCUGAUGGAGUGGGCACCCAUGGAGUCUUCAUAAAACAAGUGCAGCCAGGCAGUGUGGCAGCCAGAGAUGGCAGAUUGCAAGAAAAUGACCAGAUUCUUGCCAUCAGCGGGAUUCCCCUGGACCAGAGUGUUACCCAGCAGCAGGCCAUUGCUUUCCUUCAGCAGCAGAGGGACAGAGUGGACCUAGUGGUUGCCAGAGACAUUGCACUGAAACCAAGCCUUCAGCCAUCUGGAUUCGUUCAAACAGAGCAAUGGGGACACAUGGAGGAGAUUGAGCUGAUGAAUGAUGGUUCGGGCCUGGGUUUUGGUAUUGUGGGUGGGAAGGCCACUGGAGUGGUGGUGCGAACUCUGGUGCCAAGCAGUGUGGCUGAUAAGGACGGACGAUUGAGGACAGGUGACCACAUCCUGCGGAUUGGGGACACGCCCACACGAGGGUUGAACAGUGAGCAGGUGGUGCAGGUGUUGCAGGCCUGCGGGACUCGAGUGCGCAUGCUAAUUGCUAGGGACCCUCUGGGUGAAGCACAGCCUCCUCCACCUCCCCCACCCGCACCGGCCACCGCACCAGUCACCUCGUUGCCCCCACCCUUACCAGCACGCAGAGCCAGCAGAACACCCAACCUGGAAGGCUAUGAGAUUCACGAAGUGUCCUUAAAGAAGAAGGAUAGCCAGAGUUUGGGCAUUUCUAUUGCUGGCCGCAACACAGCAACCAGUGAAGAUGGUAUGGGAAUUUUCGUGAAGAGUGUGGUCCCAGGCAGUGCUGCAGAGCAGAGUGGGAAUAUCAUGGUCCAUGACAGAAUAAUAGCGCUGAAUGGAGUGAACCUCCAGGGUUUUACCACCCAGGAGGUCUUGGAUGUGAUGAAGCAGACAGGCCAGACUGUGCGCUUCACUCUGCUCCGCAAAAUCCCUUCCCCAAAGAAAUCAUCUGUUGAAAAGUCUCUGGAUAAAGUCCAGAGGGAGCCAUCGCGCGUGUCUCUGAGGAGGUCUGCGGAGAUCAAGGUGCGGGCGGACGUUCAGACGGCCUCUCUGAUGGAGCCAGUGGAGCCGUCUCUGACUGCGAUCAAACAGCAGUCGUCUGGAAGAGUGCGAGAGCGAGUCCCACUGACAGAGCUGGAGUUACGGACCAAAUGGGAGCAGGCGCUUGGCCCUCAAUAUGAUGUUAUGGUUGUUGAGCUGGACCCUGUCAUUGAAGAUGAUGCUGAGUUGCAGAAAUAUUCAAAGCUUCUGCCAAUACACACCAUGCGUUUGGGUGUGGAGUUGGAUUCCUUUGACGGCCACCAUUACAUCUCUACAGUGGCUCCUGAGGGCCCGGUGGCCAAGCAUGGCUUGCUUCGACCAGAGGACGAACUUCUGGAGGUGAAUGGAGUGCAGUUGUAUGGAAAAUCCAGGCGAGAGGCAGUUGCUUUUCUGCGUGAAGUCCCCCCUCCGUUCACUCUGGUGUGCUGUAGACGCCUCACUGAAGAGGGGACGGAGUAUCAGCCUGAAGAUGCUGAAGAGUGGUGCUCCAGCAGCCCUUCAGCCAGCUUACAGGAGCAGGCACAGGUUUUCCAGCAGGAGUUAGCUGAGCAGAGAAAAGUUCCAGAGCAAAGCCUUCCAGAAAGAGAAGUGGAGAGAAAGGAGACUGGAGAAGCAGAGGAGGAGAAUGAUGAGGAAGAGCUGGCUCUCUGGUCUACAGAAGUGCAGGUGUUGGAGCUGGAGAAAGGAGAGCAAGGCCUUGGCUUCAGCAUACUGGAUUACCAGGACCCUCUGGACACUACACGUUCUGUGAUAGUUAUCCGCUCGCUGGUGGCCGGAGGGGUGGCUGAGAGUCAUGGGGGCCUGUUGCCAGGAGACCAGCUGGUGUUUGUAAAUGACACAAACCUGGAUAGCUGCACUCUGACCCAGGCUGUGGAGGUGCUCAAGGCUGCUCCAGCGGGCAAGGUCUACCUGGGCAUUCAGAAACCUCUGGGGGCGGAGGAGAGAAGCAGUCUGCAGGAGCAGGAGCAGGAGCAGUCCCCUGCCCAUACUGAUCUGCCUGUGCCAAAGGGCUUUGGGGAUGGCUCAGUCCUUCCAGAAGACCUCGAUGAGGAUCCGGAGCUGAUUCUGGACGACAAGCCUCGCUAUGCCUCUCCUCUAAUCACCACUGAGCUCCUGCCAGGCCUGGAGAGAGAGAUGGCUGUAGAUGAGGACCAGGGACAGGAAGAGGAGGAGGAGAAGAGGCACUUGGAGAGUGACAGAGAGAGCCUUUUGUUAUACACUAGGAGGGAAUCACCUUCUGUGGAAGAAUCGGCUGUGACAAACCCCUACCAGAUCUUUACCCAGGCUGAGGAGGAGAAUGAUGAAGAGGCUCUGGUUCAGAAUGAAGAGGACUUUAUAACGGAACUGGAGUCCAACACAAAGAUCCCUCAGCAUCCAAUCAGUCAGCCGCUGUGGUCCUGGGUGGAGACGCCAGAGAGCGAGGCCGACUCGGACUCUAGAACUGGAGGCUCAGAACUCACUCUAACCGAUACAGACACAGAGCCUGCACAGCUGGCCACUUCUGGCAGGAGGAAGAGGAGGAAUCAAGGCCAUGCUAUGGUGCAGACGAGAGAAGGGCACGGUGAUCUGCCAGAGAGAGAGGAUGGAGAGGGAGAGGAAACGCCCAUCUUUAGUCACUGGGGUUCCCCACGCAGGGUGGAGGUGUGGCUGGAGCCGGGGGAGUCUCUGGGGAUCAGUAUCGUCGGAGGCCGGACAGUUAUAAAGCGCCUGAAGAACGGAGAAGAGUUGAAGGGCAUCUUCAUCAAACAGGUGCUGCCAGACAGUCCUGCAGGACGGACAUGCGCGCUGAAGACUGGAGACAAGAUCUUACAGGUGUCAGGAGUGGACCUGCAAAACGCCAGCCAUGAGGAGGCAGUGCAGGCCAUCAAAGCAGCUUCCACCCCAGUGGAGUUUGUUGUGCAGAGCCUUUCUUCCACUCCUCGGCCUGUUUCAGUCACAGCCUCUAGUAUACGACAGCACAAGGCCAAGAGGAAAGGCAUGCAGAAAACAGGACAGCGGACUGCGCCUCCUCCGAUGCGCCUCCCUCCACCAUACAGACCUCCCAGCGUAAUGCAGGAGGAGGAGGAAGACCCCGAACAGGCCACAGAGGGGAUCAGGCAGAGGUACGGUGAGCUGCCGGGGGAGCUGCUGCUGGUGGAGUUGGAGAAGGACCGGCAGGGUUUGGGUCUCAGUCUGGCGGGAAACAGAGAUCGCUCGUGCAUGAGCAUCUUCGUGGUGGGCAUCACCCCUGGGGGGCCGGCCAGCCGCGAUGGACGCAUCAGAGUGGGGGAUGAGUUACUAGAGAUCAACAACCAGGUGCUUUAUGGGAGGAGCCACCAGAAUGCUUCAGCCAUAAUAAAGAGCGCUGCAUCUAAGGUUAAGCUGGUACUGCUCAGGAAUGAAGAUGCUAUCAAUCAGAUGGCGGUACCACCUGUUCCCACCCAGUCUUCCUUUCUGUCUAAUGAGAACCUCACAGCAGCUCCAGUACCUGCAGACAAGCCCCAGCCUCCAGAGAGCCUACUGCUCAGUAGGAGUUCCCCAGAGUCAAUCACCAAGGAACAGUCCAUCGAGCCAGGCCCAGUUAGCCCAGAGCUUCCAGAGCCCAUAGAGAAGAGCCUGCAGGAGGGCGAGUCUGCCUCCAAGAAGCUGAAGUCUUCAGAGAGAGGGGUGGAGACUGUGAGUGAGAGACUCUCCAGGCCUCCUUUGGAGAAGACCCCUAGCCUCCCAAAAACCCUGAGAAACUCCAGCAAGCUUCCAGCAGGCUCUGCAGACGUGCUGACACCCGUAGCUUCAGUUCCUCCGUCCAGCACCAGCCCAGACUUUGAGUACUGCAGCAAAGACCCUGCGACAUGUCCCAUACUUCCAGGGCAAGAGACGGUCAUAGAGAUCUCGAAGGGCCGCUCCGGACUGGGCCUCAGUAUAGUUGGAGGCAAAGACACUCAGCUGGAUGCCAUAGUGAUCCAUGAGGUGUAUGAGGAGGGUGCUGCAGCACGGGAUGGGCGACUGUGGGCAGGAGAUCAGAUCCUUGAGGUGAAUGGCGUGGACCUGCGCAGCGUGGCCCAUGAAGAUGCCAUUGCGGCUUUGAGGCAGACUCCAGCUAAAGUGCGUCUGACGGUUCUGCGGGAUGAGGCGCAGUACCGUGAUGAAGAAAACCUAGAUGUGUUCACUGUGGACCUCCAGAAGAAGAGCGGCCGUGGCCUGGGCCUCAGCAUUGUGGGCAAGAGAAAUGGCACAGGUGUCUUCAUCUCAGAUGUAGUUAAGGGUGGUGCAGCUGAUGUGGACGGGAGACUCAUGCAAGGAGACCAGAUCCUCUCAGUGGACGGAGAGGACAUGAGACAGGCCUCUCAGGAGACCGUUGCUGCCGUCCUCAAGUGUGCCAGGGGGAUGGUGCAGCUGGAGCUGGGCCGGCUGAAGGCUGCCUCCUGGAUCUCCUCCAGACGCACCUCACAGGGAAGCCAGUUGAGCCAUGUGAGUAACACAACAAAUAGCAGCAUCGCUGCCCCUGUGGCCCACACCACCAUCAGCCCACCCAACCAGCCCCCCAGCACCACCAGGAGAGCUGCACAUGAACCCAACAACAAAAGCACCGGAUCUGAAACAGGCCUCCGCACAGUGGAGAUCACCCGAGGCCCCACUGAUGCGUUAGGUAUCAGUAUAGCGGGGGGAAAAGGCAGUCCCCUGGGGGACAUCCCAAUCUUCAUUGCCAUGAUCCAGGCUAAUGGAGUGGCUGCCAGGACCCACCGCCUCAAGGUGGGGGACCGUAUUGUGAGCAUCAACUCCCAGUCUCUGGAGGGUCUGAGCCAUGGCGAAGUAGUCAACAUGCUAAAGAACGCCUUUGGCAGCAUUGUUUUACAGGUGAUAGCAGACACUAACAUCAGCGCCAUAGCCAGUCAGGUGGAGAGCAUGUCCUCAAGCUCCGCCCUCAGCACCAAUCCAGAGACCCAGACUACAGAGCCAGAAACUCCCAAGCCAAAGAGCAUCACUCUAGAGAAGGGUUCUGAAGGACUGGGCUUCAGCAUAGUGGGUGGCUUCGGGAGCCCACAUGGAGAUCUUCCUAUCUAUGUCAAAACAGUCUUCAGCAAGGGGGCAGCAGCGGUGGACGGGCGUCUGAAGCGCGGGGAUCAGAUCCUGUCUGUGAACGGAGAGAGUCUGGAGGGAGCCACACAUGAACAGGCCGUGGCCAUCCUGAAGAAGCAGCGAGGGGUCGUGACGCUGUCUGUACUGUCCUAACACGCACUAAUAUGCACAUGAAGGACUGCCUGGCAGGGAGCCAGCAAGAACUGCACAACUUACUGAACUCACACCUUCCAUUCCUGUCAUUUCACUGAGAAGUCUUAAUGCAGCCUCUGCGCGCCGCAGAGACGCUACGCAGUCGGCCACCUCCAUCACCUUCAACUGCAGCACAGCUGAGUCAUACAGAUUGCUGCAGGGAGAUGGGAGUGAACAGACACUCACAGGUGGACUGGAAGGAGAGAAAGACAGAGAGAAAGACUGCUGAGACUGAGUAGCACUUUGCUCAGCUUCUGCUUCAAGCUUGACCCCUUUAAUAUCUGUCUGUGUGUCCGUGUGCUGGAUCCAUGGCUAAUGAAGAAGGGAAAUUGCUGAUGACCUGUGAGCUCGGAUCCUUUUCAUUAUCUUUGUUUUAUGUGGAUAAUGAGCAGGUAUUGAACCUGGCUAACUCUUCUGUUGGCGGCAGCAGCUGAGGUGGAUGUGGUUAACCUGAAGGAAACUGCUUCAACUCAAAGAGCUCAUCUGGGCAUAAUCCUCACACACACACACACACACACACACACACACACACACACACACACACACACACACACACACACACCAAUACGACUCUCAAAAUCACCAGCCGACUGACACCACGCUCUCAAAAUCACAUUGCUUAAUAAAUAAUCAGUAGUCACUGAUUUCAUUUCAGAUCCACUGCAUAGAAACCAGGAUGUAAUGUGAUAAGGGAUAUAUUGUUAAUGUUAUACAUGAUCUAUAUAACAUGUAUAUUGCCUAUGCUGUACUGUGCAUAUGUCUAAGGCACCUAAGCAAAUUGUUUGAAGUCAUUUAUCUCAGCAGUAAUGGUUUUGUACAAACACUAUACUAACUUGGAUACUAAUACAUGUAAAUACAGUAAAAAGUCAAGUUUCAUGUUUUCAAAAAAGUUGUGCAAGUUUUAUUAGCAAGUUAAAAGAACAGGUUUUGUUCCACGUUUCUCCUGGACGCCCCCAGCUGACAGAUGUUGUUAAAUUCCAUUAUCAGUACACCUGAUUUGAACUUCAUGAAGGAUUGAUUGAGCCAAAGCAGGUGUGAAAUGAAUUCUCCAAAUAAUGCUGGGCUGGCAAAAGUCAAAGUUUGGAAAUGGUUAAAUGAAUACAUUAACAUAUCGUCACUGUCCAUAGAAACACACGUAUCUCCUUGUUUAUUGAUUUUUAUUUUUGUACAUCAUUUGAACACAGCAGUUCUCCUUUACAUGAUGACUGGACCAAUAGAAAUGCCCCACUUAGAAUACAGUCUCUUUACAUUAAAGUAAAGGUUUCUGUUUUGGAGAUACUUGGUUUUUUUGGAUGGCGAUGAUGUAUAAAAGAGAAAUUGUUUUUGCCCAGAUAAACUUUUUAAAUUUCUCAGGUGCCUAAGACUUUUGGACAGUACUGUAUAGUAUAAAUGUCAUCACUGUCGGGACACGUUUUUAUCUUUUUGUCAUUCUGUAACAUUUUUUGGAUAAUUAGAACGCUUUAAAUUAAAAUAAUGAAACCCUUUGUGCUGUGUCAAAAGUUUAUGAUGAAUAGCCCAGUUUCAAAUUCACUUUACGUUAGCAUCCGUUAAAGGUUGAGAAUGUUUUUGUACCUUCUCUUGUAAACUUAGCAUUUUGGAGAUUUGAGGACCUGUUGGUUUAUUCAUCGUUGUGAAUUUUUAACACGUUGCAAAGAGUUUUUAAGUUAUGCAAAAAGUAAAAAAAUGACAAAUCAUCACCAUCAUAACAAAACUUUGUACUUCCAAAGGAAACAAAACAAACAUUGAAACCAGAUUUUAGAGCAUUUCUGUUAGUGUAAGUUUAACACAUUGGGCAGCAGGUGUUUCACAAUCUGUGAGAAUAAAAAACAAAUAAAAUUGAGAGAGAAGGUUUUGUUCCGACAGUGAUGAUAUAUGAUAUAGUACAAUGUGAAGGUAUAACUGACCUUUCUUAAAUCAAACUGGAAAUUCUAUUUUUGUUUUGUUGUUUGAUUUUUCAGUCUGCUGUAUUUGUUCAUCCUUUUUUUAGGUUGAUGAUGUAUAUUCUUCAUUUUUGUACUGUUUAUGAAUAAUUAGAAAUGUUGUAAUUUCUCAUAGUGAAAAUAGUAAAAUAGAGUAAUUUAGAAGCAGCUGUCCUGUUUAAUAACUGAUUAAUUAAGUCUGAUAAACUAUCACUUUGCAGAGAAAUUUAUGCAUUUUUAUGCAUCUUUUUUUCUUACAUAACCUUUUACCAGAUCGCAGAUCUCAUCAGUGUAAAUAUGUAAUUUAUUUCCUUAAUUUGAUUCCAUUUUGUUGGACAUUUGAACUAGUUUUCCUGUAAAAGUCUUAAUGAAGAUGGUUCCUAUAUCCUGCUUUGUGUGUGUGUGUGUGUGUGUGUGUGUGUGUGUGUGUGUGUGUGUGUGUGUCCCACAAUGUGAGGAAAUCCUGUGUCAGCUGGACUCCCUCUCUUCAAAAAGGAAGUGUGCCAGAUUCUUGCGAGACAUUCUAAUGACCUCAAGGUCUAAGCAAAUGCCAGAGGAGCCUCUAGUCAGGGCUUCCAGACUGAAGCUGUUGGGCCUUAAGUCCAUGUUUGCCAUUCUCCAGCCUCCUGGGUUGAACUCAUAUAGGGCUUUAUGAUGAGCGCAUGGCCCGAAUCAGAUAUUUCAGAGCAGGGAUGCGUUAAUUUGGGUGAGUUUCCUCAAAGCACCUUAGCACUAACUUCAUUACGAGUCACAAGCAUCACUGAAUCUGGUGAUUUUGAAUGAUCUUAAAGGAAUACUCCAGCAUUUUUCAGCCUAGUCUCUGUCUGACUUAUCUGUACUGUACCAUCAACUACCUACUCAGUAGACAGUCAUUGGGUUCUGUGUGUAAACGUAUGAAAUACGUGACCAUAUAAAACAAAUAUGAAACUUGUGAGCUUAUGAAAACUCCACGCACACCUCUAUAGUGUUAAUGCAUUCCCACAAUUUUCUAUGGAGGAUUAGCCUCACCUGUGAUAGAACACAUACAGAUUUCGAAAGUGGCCGAAUUUAAAAAUAACAAAUUGAAAAAUGAAAUUACAAUCUCUAAAACUUUAAAUCUCUCUCUCUCUCUCUCUCUCUCUCUCUCUCUCUCUCCCCUCCAGCCAAAUAUAAAGGUUCCCUUCUUUUUUUCCACUGUGUAGGUUCUGAAUGUGACAUGCAUUCUCGGAAAAAAAACAACCCCAAAACAACAAGACUGAUUACCUUUUACUACAAAUGCAGAACAACGUAAUCCUGCGUGUUCACCUGGUUGUUGGAAAUGUCCACUUCAUUGGCCAGUCUUUGUGAAAUGAUCAGUGUAAUGUUUUCUAGUUCCAAAGAAACCGUGUUGAGAUCCAUGUUAUUAGAUCAUGAGAGAUGCUCUAAUAAACCUGAUAACUACAUUUGCAAAGCAA